AUGGAGAGUGCAGAUAACAGCGCGUCGCCCUCGUCGACGCCGGCAGCCGACACGCGACGCCGCUCCGGACGCGUCACCCGUGUACCUGAGAAGUUCCAGCCCGAGGCCGCUCUCGCGAACAAGCGCAAGAGGGGCACCGACCAGGAGGAUGACGAUGAUGUCGAAAAUCAGGAUCCAGAUGAGGGCGUCGAUGUGAGCGACGAAGAGGCUGAUGACUCUGGCGACGAGGACAACGUGAGGCCCAAACGGAAGAAGCCCGCGUCGCAAACGACGAAGGCGCGGAAACCUGCUGUCAAAAAGCCCAAGAUCAACGGCGCUGCACAUGCCACUGGUCUCCCGAGCAGACCAAAGGCGAAGAAAACGGCGCGCGUCAUUACGGGCGACAACCGCGAUGGCGAUGGCAUUUAUGCUGAUAUCUUCGGAUCUGGUGAUUCAUCGGAUGACGUGGCGAGUCGAUGGUAUCAGAAAUACCAGGAUGCGGAUGAGAAUGCAGUUACCGACCUGGUGAAUUGUGUGCUGUUAGCAGCUGGAUGUGACCAGAAAGUGACAGAAGACGAUAUCAGAGAUCCUGACAACAUUCAAGGCAGGCUAUCAGAACUGCAGGAUGUUUACCAAGAUCAACAAAUCACAGACUAUCCCCUAGCGAAGGCGAAAGAGAGCAAAGCCUUCCGCGAUUUGCUCACAGGGUUCUUCAGAUCUCUCAUUACCGUUCUACACGAGACAGAUGUCCUGUAUAAAGACGCUCCACUGAUGGAGAACAUCGCCCGCUGGGUCGGCACUAUGUCCUCUUCAAGUCUACGACCAUUUCGACACACUGCUACAGCAGUUGCAUUGGCCAUGGAACUUGCACUCGUAGAUGUUGCUAAGAAGCUGGACGACAGGAUUACAAAAUCAACUCAGCAACUCGAAGCAGAGAAGAACAAGAAAGGAAAGAGCAGAAAUAAGAAUAUGCUCGCUUCCUUGCAACGCCAGCUCGAUGAAGCGAACCAUAACCGGGAGCUUUGCGGUGAUCACAUCCGUGAUUUCUUUGAAGUUGUGUUCGUGCAUCGAUAUCGCGAUAUCGACCCUCGCAUUCGGACUGAAUGUGUAGAGGCGCUCGGGUCAUGGAUCUGGGUCCUCCCCACAGUAUUCAUGGAACCAGAGUAUCUGAGAUAUCUUGGCUGGAUGCUCUCUGAUAUCGUCCCUUCAACUCGACAGGAAGUACUCAAGCAGUUGGCACGAGUCUUCAAACGCGACGCGUCGAAAUUGGGCCACUUUAUCGACAGAUUCAGGCCUCGACUGAUGGAAAUGGCAGCCAAGGACUCCGAUAUUGGUGUUCGUGUCGCUGCUAUUUCCGUUAUCGAGACCUUGCGGACUGUUGGCAUGCUUGAGCCUGAUGAGAUUGAUGCCACCUGCAAGCUGAUCUACGACUCGGAACCCAGGAUUCGCAAGGCAGUUGUUCAGUUCUUUGCCGACUCUGUUGGCGAUAUUGUUGAAAGCAAAGUCGAAGAGAUAGGUGGCGCUGAGACUCUCGAAGAUCUUUUCCUCGAGACGGAAGAUGCUGAUUACUCUUCACCACGAAAAGAUUGGAUCCAGAUCAAGGCCCUUGCAGAAACACUUGCCGCCUACGAUGCACAAUUGGAGGAUGAAGUACCUGAUGUCCCUCGUGGACUUGAUAUUGGUGCCGAAAUGGUUCAUGCAGCUGUGCCGGAAACUCGAAUUUCGCUUGCUGCGCAGGCUCUUUACGAAAAGGUUGAAGCCGUGAAGAACUGGGAGGCAUUAUCAGGAUUUCUCCUAUUCGACCAUUCGACUAGCACCAAGUCAAAGUCGAAACCGAAGGGCGCCUCAGCAGAUGCAACGUUCCGCAAAGCAGUUGCUCCCGAGGGAUCAGAAGAGUCGGUUUUACUCGAAGUCUUAGCCUCAUCAGUUAGGCAGAGCCUAGUACACAGCCAUGACGCUGAGAAGAGCAAGAAAAAGCAGGCCAAACUAGAGCCUACUGAGUCCGGCGAGGACAUUGCGUUGCACCUAGCCCUUACGAUCCCAAAACUUCUCAAGAAGUUUGGGGCCGAGCCAGCUACUGCAACCGUGGUGUUGCGACUCGAGCAUUCAUUAGACCUGGAUGUGUUCCAGCAACUGAGACAAGACUCUACCACAUACUCACGACUACUGGACGAGAUUUGCACGCAAUUUAACAGACAUGUGGACAAGGGUGUCUUGACAGAAGCAACCUCUGCACUUCUUCAUGCGCGCAAAUAUGAAGAGUUAGAGGAGGUGGCGGACAGCAAGAUCUCAGGAUUAUGGGAGAAUAGCAUCAACGCAUUGCGAAACUUCGACAAAGUCGCUGAGCUCUCCAUGCGCGGAAACCUCGAAGAGUCCGAACUCAUUGAGUUACGAAACAUUUUGACUAAAAUCAAGAACCUGGCGCGGGUAGCAGACUGUGUUGAUGUUCUGGAAGCCGAAAGCAAAUCUGAUGAUUCGAAAUCGCCGGCGGUUGACAUUUUGGUGAAGACAGUCCGUCGCGGGCGGUAUCACCAGGUCGAUGAAGAGCUUGAUGAUCUUGAGGAUGAUACCACUUCACUUGCCAUCCAAUGUUCCAUGUUUUACUUCAUGUGGAAAGUACGCUCAAUCAUGAGCGCUGUCGGCAUGCAAACCAACAUAGCCAAUGAAUCGGUCGACCGUCUAUCUCUUCUACGCAAAUCCUUCCAGACAUAUCUCAUCGAAACCCUCUCAUCUCGAGCUAUCAAUGAUGACCUACGUCUCUUUGCCACCGGCUCUCUCUGCGAUCUACACGUUCUACUUUCUUCCAUUCAACAAACAAUUACGCAAUGGCAACAAGCAGGAGCAGCCAAGAAAUACGAGAACUUGCAAAUUCUCGUGCAGCAGAUCCCGCCCGGCCUGGUGCCUGAGCUCAUUUCUAUCUUCGAUGGAGCUGAGCGGGCGUACGCAAAGAAGACAAAGAAGACAUUGAAUGAGCCCGCGGAAGACGAGGAUCCAAUUGAUGACGAGCCUUUGGAUGAUGAAGAGGAGGAUGAAGAAACAUCCCCAGAGGAAAAGCGUGCUGCCGAGUUGAAGGCGGAAAAGACACUCUGCGAGCUGACCGGCAAGCUUGUCAUGGCUAUACUCUCUCGAGUUGUCGACCUGGCUGGCCCUCAGCCUGGAAGACUUCGAAAGCGGCUGUUGCGAAACCAACUGAAACUGGGAACCAACUUCAGAGAUACGCUGGCCUACCUUGAUGAGAAGAAGCUAAAGGAGUUGGUAAGUGGCAAGAAGAAGAGCUCCAAGAGCAAGGGCAAGCAACCUGUAGCGGCAAAGAGACCGGCAAUCAGUGAUGAGAUCGUGGUUGCGGAUGAUGACUCGGACGAGGAAGAGAACCCUUUCGAGGAUGAUGAGCCUGAGGAAGGUACUAUCGAGGAUCUGCGUCGUCGAGAACUGUUGGAUGAUCCCAUCGAGAAUGAUGAAGAGCAAGCCGAUGGGCCUGCUAACGAUGGAAUGGAUGAGGAUGAUGAUAUUCUUGGGGAUUAA